GUCACAGUCUAGUAAUAUUUCCCGCCAUCUGUUCGAAAGUCUACCGGACUCCACCUCUAACUGUUCUACUGUCCUCCAAUCACAGACCCAGAACAAACCACCUCAUGCAUAUGUUUGAGGGCUCUGUGGUUAAGGUCUCCCUUGUGUUCAGGGGAUUUAGUUGGGUUUCUUGGUAGGGGGGUCCGUCAAUCCAACUGAUCCCAGAAAGGAGGGGCUUUAGUGUCUUUGGGAAGGCAUGGCUCGCGCUGCUGGUGUGCGCGGGCCCUUUUUACUGAUUUUGCUGGAGAUAUCUGUCAUCUGCACCGCACAGGAAGAUGCAACCUCUUCUUUGUUCUUUUCCUUUUAGAUAUCUGAGGCAGAGUUUCAGAGGGCUGAAGCCGGCCCUCCUGGUCCUCCCGGUGUGCCUGGAAUAGACGGCAUUGAUGGGGAGAGACGUUCGGCUGUAAUUAUCAGUGUGUCAUACAUUAAGAUUAUAACUUGCUAUAUAGGAAUUUGUUGCAUAUUACAUAUUGUUAUUUCUACUGAAGAGCCCUGAUGGGGACCCUGGAAAACCUGGUUCUGCUGGCCUUGCUGGAUCACCUGGAGCUGAUGGAUUGACUGGCCCCAAGGAGAACUCGGCCUCGAUGGCCCCCCAGGACAAAAGGGAAAGGAAGGAGAUCAGGGGGCACCUGGAAAGGGUCCACAGGGAAUUCGAGGUGCCACUGGUAUGAUUGGUACCAAAGGAAAAACUGGGACUCGAGGUGUUGACGGAGACCCAGGCUCUCAGGGUGUUGCAGGGGCGAUAGGGGAUCGAGGCCAAAGAGGAGGAAUGGGAGAAACUGGCCCUAAAGGUGAACAGGGACCUCAAGGGCUGACAGGCAAUACUGGUCUUCCAGGGCCGAAGAGGGAGGCAGUGGGUCGCCAGGUGUGGAUGGACGUGAGGGAAUCCCUGGCAUGCCAGGUACCAAGGGUGCUGCUGAAAAACCUGGAAGCCCUGGGGAAGCUGGCCUUUAAGGACUCCCUGGUUAACCGGGAAGCCCGGGUCCAAAAGGUGAAGCUGGAGAGAAGGGUCCUAAAGGUGACUUGGGCUUUCUUGGACUUCCAGGACCACCAGGCCUGUCAGGAAUAAAAGGAGAUAGGGUGAAGAUAUCUCUGCCCAGCAUAUUCAGAUAUAUAUUUUUUUAUGCCAAAUAUCUCAGAAUUUCCUACUUUUGUUUUUGUUCCCUGGUGAAUUGAUAAAACCUGUGCACCCUCUGGAAAUUGAAGUCAGGAAUUUUGAUUGGUGCUUUUAUACUUAAUUCUAUAUUUUAUUAAAGUGUACAUGGAGUUCUGCUACAUCAGCAUCCCUGUAACUAUAGCAAAAAGUCAUCUGCAGCUAUUUAAAAAAUAGCUAACCUCUUUAUAUUCACUGUUCCUACUUAAUUAGACAUUGAGGGUUCCACUUUUCUAGCAUUUAAAGCACUGCAAUUAUUAUGUGCUUCCAUUGGUGUUUUAAAGUUUAAAAAGCUUUGAAAGUACAAUGGUCCAUUUUAGAUUCAAUGUUUUCCUUAAUGCAUUUGAAAAAAGAACCUCAAACAGAUGUGGGAUUUAUAGACAGAGCUAAAUUCUGAGUGUUCAAUAUUGAGCAACUGUUGUUAUAGUGAACUCUUCAAACACAUGCUUACUGGUAAACAUUCAUGGGAAUGAAUUUCUGAAUGGGAUAUUACACCGGGUGAAGCAGGAGAACCUGGACCAAAGGGAGAACAGGUAAGAGCAUGAUUCACAUUCUCAUCAGAUACAGCACUGCAAAACUAAACUACCCCAGAUACUUUUAAAAUGAAUGCAGAAAACGAAUGUAUACAUGUAUUUAAAUAAGUUUAUUCAAGUUUUUAAUUGAACAUUAUUUAUCAGGGUAACCAAAUCAAAAAUAACAAAAAUAUGACCUGUGAUAAAGGGCUGUUACUAUAGUCAAAGGGCACCAAACCUUUUAAAACACAUUAAAAUGACUGUAACAGACAAAAUCAAAUGGUUUAUUGCAUGUAGAAUUAAAUACAGUAUACAUCUAUAUAAUGAUUUAUUAAGAAUAAAAAUCACAAACCAAUUCUCUCACCAAGUGAUGUGGUUCCUGUAGGCAGUGAAUGCAGCUCGUCCAAUUACAUUUUAUCACCAAAACAAUCCAUUCUCAAAGUCUUACAGUAACAGAACUCCACAGAUAACAGAACAUAGACAUCUAUGAAAUGAUAUCCCUCACAGUGAUGCGUUUUAUUGUAGGGAGCUCAAGGUGCCGAGACAAGGGAGAUGUUGGUGACCCUGGCCAACCUGGAGCAAAAGGAGAAGGAGGUAACCAGGGGGAUCCGGGUAACAGAGGACCAGAGGGUGCCCGUGGCCAGCCUGGCAUUGAGGGGCCUCCUGGUAGUCCU